AUGUCAACUAUAGUGAGUCGGAAUCUUGUAUCAUAUUUCGAGCAGUCUCAACACAAAGAGACAGCAAGCCUGAAGCUGAAAGUGGCGCCUCCGUCGCCGUCGCUGUCGUCAAACACCGUGGAAUUCGGCAUGUUAGGAAGUGAUGAUAUCCCAGAAGUUAAAGAAAAUCUUGAAAUAACUGGUUGGAGUUCUCUUCAAAAUCUCUAUUCCACAAUCCCGAAGUCAGCAAAGGAAAAUGAUGCCCCAUAUAUUCAUCCCUUUGAGAAAAAGUCACCAAGUGAAAAAAUAAGCCUGGAGUUAUGUACUGAAAAUCUAGGAAGCGAAACGGGCACCGAUAUUUCUGAUUGCAGCAUUUUCUCAAACAGUUACAGCUCAAUCCAGAAUGCACCAGAAGAACCGAAGCAGGAAUCAAGAAAUCUCAAUAAAGCAGCAGCAAAUUCUUGCCGCAGUUUUCCCCCGCCGUUGACAACAAUUAGCGACCGCUCAAAUUCCCUGCAAGUCCGGCGCCACUGUGAAGGCGGCAGGCUAAUAAUCGAAGCAGUGGAAACCCAAUUUAAGCCCACUUAUCUUCAAGCAGACAGAAGCGAUGGCCGCCUCAGGCUAUGCUUUUUCCAAGAUUAUGACACAAAAUUUGACCCACAAACGACCCACGAAGAAGAAGAAAGUGAAGAACGUAACAGUGAAUUGGAAGAUGAAAUGUAUGAAAGUGACGUCAUUGAUGGAGAAGAAAUAGAAUUAGAACAAGAAGAUGAUGAUGUGAGACAUGGACAUGGACAUGGACAAGGCAUGGAUGUUGAAAUGGGAAUGGAGAAAUUUCAAAGGUUUAGUAGUAGUAAUUGGUGCAAGGAAAGUGGGCAUGGGAAUAAAGGAUUCUGUAAUUGGAAGCCUGCUCUUUGGGUCGCUAUUUCCUAA